AUGUCAAUCACUGUAUCGACCAUAGAUACCCCUUUGACACCUAAAACUUCAAAUAGUAUAUCGGCACCUUCAUCAGCACCAUCAACCCCAGUUAUCGAUAAUACAGGGUCACAAGAUCAAGAUACCACCAUAACUUCUGGAAAGAAUGCCGAGAAAAACGUAAAUAAACCAUCAAACAUUGCAGGUGUGAACGAAAGGGCACCGCUUCAUGAAAUAAUUUUUAAUACCCCUGUAAGAAAGACCAAGGCCCCUGUAAGGAAGGAUUGCGUGACAAGCAAGCCACGAAAAAAACAUCCAGUGAAGAAGCAAAACCUUAAUGAUCAAAGCAACAUGAAUAAAAUCUCUGAUAUUCAUUCGGCUGCAGAGCCGCUGAGAAAAGAUUUAACAAAUAAUGCGCCAAUAAUUGUUGAUGGAUCAAAGACAAGCGAACCACAAACGCAAAAUCAAAUUUCGGUAAAACAUUUAACUAAAAGAAAAAAAUCUAGAAGGAAACGUAGAAGUGACUCAAUUUUACCAAAGAGACCUGCUAAUGCUUACUUUCAAUUUGUAGCUCUUAAAAGAUCAGAGUUUAAUAAAAAACAUCCGGAAUUGCACCCACGACAAUUAACUGUACUCCUUGCCAAGACUUGGAAGUCAAUGUCGAAAGCAGAAAAGAGA